CUCUUGAAGCCCCGCCCCUCCCCGGUUCCCCCGCCGGUACCGGGGCCGGACCGGGGGCGCGUUCUCCUUCCCGAGGUCCCACCCGCCAGCCCCGCCCCACCCCGCCCCGCCCGCCGCGGGGUCCCGCCGCUCCGGUGCCGCCCGGGCCUCGCCGCUCCCUCCCUCUCCGCCGCUCCGGUGCCACCGGCGCUUCCCGGCUGCCGGCGGCCGGAGCGUGCGCAACAGGCGGGAGCCGGCGGAGCUUCGGGAGCGCUCGGUGAGCCAGCGGCCGCCCGCCCGGGGCCGGGCAUGUGCGGCGGGGCGACGGGCAGGGCGCCCGGGCAAGGGCGUUUGAAGGAAACGUGAGGCGAAGCGGCGGCGGCGGCGGCGGCGGCGGAGGGAUGGAGGCGGCACCGAGGCGAAGCCCCGAGCCGCGGGAGAAGCCGCCGCUGCUGGACGGGGAGGCAGCGGGGGCGCCCGCGGGGGCGUCGGGCGCGGCCUCACCGGCGGCGGCGGAGCAGAUCGUGGCGGAGGGCGAGGCGGCGGCGGCGGCGGCGGCGGGCACGUUCGUGCAACGGCAGCUCGGGGCGAUGCUGCAGCCCGCCGUGAACAAGUUCUCGCUGCGCAUGUUCGGCAGCCACCGGGCCGUGGAGAUCGAGCGGCAACGGGUGAAGUCGGCGGGAGCCUGGAUUAUCCAUCCCUACAGCGACUUCAGGUUUUACUGGGACCUCAUCAUGCUGCUCCUGAUGGUGGGGAAUUUGAUCAUCCUGCCCGUGGGCAUCACCUUCUUCAAGGACGAGAACACCCCUCCCUGGAUCGUUUUCAACGUGCUUUCGGACACUUUCUUCUUGGCUGACCUGGUGCUGAACUUCCGGACAGGCAUCGUGGUGGAGGACAACACGGAGAUCAUCCUCGACCCUCACACCAUCAAAAUGAAGUACUUGAAGAGCUGGUUCCUGGUGGACUUCAUCUCCUCCAUCCCUGUUGACUACAUUUUCCUCAUUGUUGACCUGGAGACCCAGGUGGAUUCUGAUGUCUACAAGACAGCCCGAGCCCUGCGCAUCGUGCGCUUCACCAAGAUCCUCAGCCUGCUGCGCCUGCUGCGCCUCUCGCGCCUCAUCCGCUACAUCCACCAGUGGGAGGAGAUCUUCCACAUGACGUACGACCUGGCCAGCGCCGUGGUGAGGAUCUUCAACCUCAUCGGGAUGAUGCUGCUGCUGUGCCACUGGGAUGGCUGCCUCCAGUUCCUGGUGCCCAUGCUGCAGGACUUUCCUGAGGACUGCUGGGUCUCCAAGAACCACAUGGUGAACGACUCGUGGGGCAAACAGUACUCACACGCCCUGUUCAAGGCCAUGAGCCACAUGCUGUGCAUCGGCUACGGGCAGCAGGCGCCCGAGGGCAUGACCGACGUGUGGCUCACCAUGCUCAGCAUGAUCGUGGGGGCCACCUGCUACGCCAUGUUCAUCGGCCACGCCACCGCCCUCAUCCAGUCGCUGGACUCGUCCCGGCGCCAGUACCAGGAGAAGUACAAGCAAGUGGAGCAGUACAUGUCAUUCCACAAACUGCCCGGGGACACGCGCCAGCGGAUCCACGAGUACUACGAGCACCGCUACCAGGGCAAGAUGUUUGACGAGGAGAACAUCCUGGGGGAGCUCAGUGAGCCGCUCAAAGAGGAAAUUAUCAACUUCAACUGCCGCAACCUGGUGGCCAACAUGCCCCUGUUUGCCAACGCUGACCCCAACUUUGUGACGGCCAUGCUGACCAAGCUGCGCUUCGAGGUCUUCCAGCCUGGGGACUUUAUCAUCCGUGAGGGCACCGUGGGUAAAAAGAUGUACUUCAUCCAGCACGGCGUGGUCAGCAUCCUCACCAAGGGCAACAAGGAGACAAAGCUGUCUGAUGGCUCCUACUUUGGGGAGAUCUGCCUCCUGACGCGGGGCAGGCGCACGGCCAGCGUGAGAGCCGACACCUACUGCCGCCUCUACUCCCUGUCCGUGGAUAACUUCAACGAGGUGCUGGAGGAGUACCCCAUGAUGCGCAGAGCCUUCGAGACGGUGGCCAUGGACCGGCUGGACCGCAUAGGGAAGAAGAACUCCAUCUUGCUCCGCAAGCGAGCCGAGCACAGCUCGGGACCCCUGAACAACGAGAUCAUCCAGCAGAUCGUCAAGCACGACCAGGACGUUGCCCACAACAUCCAGGACCUGCAGCAGAUGGCGAUGGGCCGGGAGCUGAGCGGCAAACCGGUGAUUUGGGAGCCUCUGGUGCACGCCCCUCUUCAGACAGCCGCAGCCACCACCAACGUGGCCAUCGCUCUGACCCACCAGCACAGCCUGCAGGCUCACAUCUUCCUGCCGCCCUCCUCCAUCUCCAGCCCGCUCUCUCCCGAAGCCACGCUGCUCACCAAGCCCGUGCGCCGCUCCCAGCCCAGCCUGGGGGGCUCCCGACCCUCCUCCAUCAGCUCACCCUCCGGGGCACCCUCCCACCUGCAGACACCGGCUGCUGCUUCGCCUUCCUCCCCCAUGGUCCAGCCCCAGGCGGCGAUGGAGAGCGGAGCCCAGAGACCCAUCCCCGGGGUGCAGCCCCUGCCUCGCUCAGCACAGAGAGGGGAGAUGCCCGCGGGGUCCAAACAACCCCCGGCCGCCCCCCAACCCCAACUCUCCCGGUCCCGCGGUGCUUCUCUCUCCACCUCUCUGCUGCAACAAGCGGCGGGCGCUGCUUCCCCCAGCUCCGAGCAGGCGAUGCCACCGGGGAGAACGCUCCACUACAGCCUGUCCCGAGCCAGCGGCUCCCACAUCUCCCUCCUGAUGCAGCCCCAGCAGCUGGUGAAGCACAGGAGCAUCCAGGGCUUGCCGGUGGGGCGGCUCACGCAGGAUGUGCGGCUCCUAUCUGCGUCCCAACCUUCCCUUCCUAAUAAAGUAGCCCAGCAAGGCGAUGGGAGCUGUUUGAAGCAAGGCAGGAAAUCUGCGGGGAAUUUAGCCCGCAGGUCCUCACCCUCGGUAGCCGGACUCUUGGCCAAGCCGUGUGCGGGGGUGCCAGCCCAGCCCGCACACCCGCAGCAGACACCUUCAGGAUCGCUGGUUCAACCCACUCCCCAAUCCCCGAGCUCCGCAUCCCGGCAGGCGGCAGGUCCCUCCCGCAAGGGCUCCGUGGCCUUCAGCCCCGAGGUGGAAACAGCGAAGCCCAAACUCCCGUCCAACAUGUGAGUCCUGGCGGUGCCCACGCAGGCGGGAGGGAGCCGGGCAUCCCUGCGGCAGAAGCGGCAGGAGGAGCAGAGAACCAGCCCCGCCGUGCCGGAGGGAAAAUGAGGUGAGAGGCAUCAAUCGGGGCUGUUUCAGGCAUGGGGAUGAGGAUGGUGCCAGCCCCAGAGCUGGCACAGCUGGAUGAGGAGGCAGCUCUGCUGUCUGCCCCAAGGUGGGGUCACCCUGCCCUUGCUCAUCACCAUCUGUGAGUUCUGCCCUCCAGGUCAGAGCCCUUUGCCCAAAUUCUGGCCUCUCUGGGGAGCUCAGCUCCCCACAGCUGCCCCUUGGGGGCUGGGUCCCCCAGGCUCUGUGCUGCGUGUCCCACAGGCUGUCCUCGGGGCAGGGUGACAUUGGCAGCUCCUCCAGCUUGUCCCCGAUGCCCACCUCCAUGCCCAGAUUGCCCCUUUGCCUUUAGGGUGAGGAGGCAGAGGCACGGCCUGUGUCUUCUGCCCGGGUGGAGGGAGGAGAUGGAGCCCAUGGCAGGCAGAGCAUGAGGAGGGUCCAGGGUCAGCACUCCCCUUUCCCACAGUGCCAGGACCACCUGGGGGUCCUGGGCAGGGCUCCCCUGGUGUGGCCAGUGCCAAGGGGCAACGCUGGGGGCAGAGGAGCAGCCCCCCAGUCCCUCUCCCCAGCUUGUGGGACCGUUUUGCCUCAGAGGUGCUGAGUGCCAGUCAGGUUGGGAUGUGC